AUGGGCAGGAAGACGUGCCCAGAACUACAAGUCCCAAGAAGCGCAGAGGAAGGAGCGGGGUGGAGUCUAGUCCCGAAUUCCCGGGAUCCGGCUUGGGCCCAGGAGGAGGGGGAGGGGCCCGGAGGGGGAGGGGCCCGGGCUCGGGGGCGGGGGCAUCUCGGCGGCGGCGGCGGAGGAGGAGGCGGUGGAGGAGGCGGCAUCUGGCGUUGCUGGGGCGGCUGGGGCCGGAGCCGGAGCCGGAGCCGGAGCCGGAUCCUGAGCCCGAUCCUAAGCCCGAGCGGGAGCGGGAGCAGGAGGACGGCCGGGGGAGGUGGGCCCAGAGCCCAGGCGGGAGCCCGGAGAGGAGCACGAACAGCCGGAGAGAGAGAGGAACUGCAGCGGCCGCGGGGCCCGGGGGCUGCCGGCCGGGGCUGGGCCAGAGAAGGCGCCGCCACCGCCACCGCCACCGCCGGGGCUCAGCGUUCCCGGGUAGCCCCGGCGGCCGGAGCAGCCCCGAUCGCGCGCUCUCCUCCUCCAUCCGCUCCUCCUCUAUCCCCCUCCUCCUCUCUCUCCUCCUCCUCCUCCUCCUCCUCCGCCGCCGCUGCCGCCUCCCUCCUCUGUCCAGCCGAGGCGCCCGGAGCCCGGCGCGGGGGGGAGCCGGCUGCAGGAGCCGGCCCCGCGCCCCGCGUCUCGCGCCCCGCGCCCCGCGCCCCGCGGCAGCUCCAUGGCUGCCCUGCGGCGGCCAAGCGCCUAGGCUGCCGGGGCAGGCGGCCACGCGGGCGGCCGGAGCCGGAGCGGCUGCGGCGGUAGCUCGGGAGCCCGAGCGAGCAGGCUGAGGAGGGAGCAGCAGCCGCGGGAGUCGAGGAGAACGGAGCUCCAGCCAGCGCCGGCCCCGCGG